CACAAACACACACAAACAUUCACAAAACUUAUAUAUAACUGCCUAACUAUAUUUUUGACUCUCUCAAUGGCUGCUGCUAUUGUUUCUACACUUAUUUUUCUUCUAGCUUUCUCAGGAUUAUUUAUCUCUACAUACACACUUGGAGUUGGAAUAAACUAUGGACAAAUAGCAAACAAUCUCCCGCCAACAUCACACGUAUCAACCCUUUUAAAAUCACUCAACAUUAGUCGAGUUAAACUCUAUGAUGCCGACCCGAAAGUCUUAAGGUCUUUCGCGAAUUCGAAUGUCGAAUUCAUCAUAGGAUUAGGAAAUGAAUACCUUCCUAGAAUGCAAGAUCCUCAAGAAGCACAAAUAUGGAUACAACAAAAUGUCCAACCUCAUCUUUCUCAAACAAAAAUUACUUGCAUUACAGUUGGUAAUGAAAUAUUAGGAGGAUUAGAUACUCAAUUACCACAAUAUCUUUAUCCGGCUAUGAAAUCUAUGUAUCAAGCUUUAGUUAAUCUUGGAUUAGAUAAACAGGUUUACAUUACCACAGCUCAUUCGCUUCAAAUAUUAGCAACAUCUUUUCCGCCUUCACAAGGAAUGUUUCGUGAAGAUUUGGUUCAAUAUAUACAACCAAUUCUUGCCUUUCAUGCCCAAACGAAUUCGCCUUUUUUGAUCAAUGUGUACCCUUACUUUGCAUACAAGAGUGACCCGAAUAAUGUACCUUUGGAGUAUGUACUAUUUGAGCCCAAUGCAGGGGCAAUUGACCCGAUAACGAAUUUGAAGUAUGAUAAUAUGUUAUAUGCUCAAAUUGACGCGGUCUAUUCGGCUAUCAAAGCGUUAGGUUAUGGUAAUAUACAAGUUCAAAUCUCUGAGACUGGAUGGCCGUCAAAAGGAGACGCGGAUGAAUUUGGGGCGACAGUUCAAAACGCAGGGAUUUAUCAUAGGAAUUUGAUUCAAAGAAUGCAACAACGACAAGGGACGCCCGCAAACCCAUCACAACCUAUUGACAUUUACGUUUUUGCCCUUUUUAACGAAAACAUGAAGCCAGGGCCGACUUCAGAGAGGAACUAUGGGUUGUAUUAUCCUGAUGGCACUCCAGUCUAUAACCUUGGAGUGAAAAAUGCUCUUCCUCGUAUGGAUUUUUCGGCUUCUUGGAAAAAUGGAUUCUCAUUGUUCAACUUUCUAUUAAUGCUCAUUGGAUUCUUGAUCUUCCUUUAAUUAUGGAGAUUUGACCAACAUUUUGUUCACAUUUAUUUGUUAAGGAGCAAAGUUCCUUAUGAGGAUAAUCUUUAGAGAUAGAAUGUAUCAACUAUAAGAUGAGCUUUCAUUUUCACCAAUCAUCCGUCAUCCACAUUGUAUCAGAGAAGAGUUGAACCCCCGUUUCUAUACAUUGUAGCCGCCGCGAUACAAGUGGACGCAAAUGUCACAUUUGUUUGCAUACUUAGAAAAUUCUUUAGAAGGAGGUAGUCAUUUUGUAUUUCAGAUUUUUGAUUGAUUUUAGUUGAUUUGUUAGAUUUUACUGUGUAUAUUGAUUAUGUUGAUCAGGAUCCACUAUUUGUAGUAUUCUUUAAGAGUGUUAUGUACCAUAUGUUCAUUCUAGUUAGUAGCAAAGUUAGCCCAUUGUAAAAAUUUUGAGAAUUUUUAAUAACGUGUUGUUAAUUAAUCUUUUA